GUGUCAAUGUUUAUAUCUUCGUUCGUUUCGGGUUUCGUUCGUUGUUGCUUGUUGUUGGUUGGAGUUUAAGGUUGAGAUUAAUAAUUUCAUUGGCCUUUUUCUUUGAUUUUCAUCUAUUGUUGACGUACAGUUUAGUCAAAAUUGAUACAAUCUGGUGUAUUCCUAUUACACUUGUACCUUGCACACAUGAAUACAUAGUCCCUAUUCAUGGACUGUUGUUCUUCGAAAUUUCGAUUGCGUAUCUGUUUUAAAUAGGUAAUUUAAUAAAUUUAAACUACACAUUUACUACUGAACUCCAAAAAUGAUGGCUGGUAAAGUAAUGCCCGAGACAGAAGAUCAGAACCGAAUAAGAUUUCAAGUGGAGCUGGAAUUUGUACAGUGUCUGGCAAACCCAAACUACAUACACUUUUUGGCUCAACGUGGCUACCUGAAGGAGCAGACAUUUGUCAACUACCUCAGAUACUUACAAUAUUGGAGGGAACCAGAAUAUGCCCGAUAUCUUAAGUAUCCAAUGUGCUUGCACUUCCUGGAGCUUCUGCAGCAUGAGGCAUUCAGGAGAGAGUGUGUUUCAGCACAGGUAUGCAAAUUCAUGGACGACCAAGCAAUCCUGCUGUGGCAGCACUACACGCGGCGGCGCACGCGCAUCCUGCAGCCGCCCGACGCGCCCGCGCCGCCCGCGCCCCCCGCGCCGCCGCACGCCGCACCACGACAGCAGUCGUAAAUACUACCCUCUCUUGUUACAAUAUGUAGAUAGAGAAAACUAUAGACUUAGUUAAUAUUUCGUUUCGCUCAUAUAUAAGAGACUUAAUAGUAUAUACUAUUAAGUC